AUGCAAAUAAUUGAAUGGUCAAAUAAAAAAGAAAAAGCAUUACCACAUCAAGAAGAUAAAUUGUAUAAUGCUAUUCGACAACUCAGAGGAUUUAAUUUAAAAACAGUAUUAAAAGAAGUAGAAAAGGAAAUUGAAUUAAAAGUCCAAGACCUUUAUGAUUCGCCUGAUAAUAUUAUAACAUUGAAACAUGCUGCAAAACAAGAAUUAAAAGAGUUUCAAACUGAUCGACAAGUAGAAGAUCAUAUUGUAAUUAAUUGUGAUAGAAUAGAAUAUGUUACUGUGCCGGCUCAAACUGAAGUACGAACAUCAAUUGCUGUAAAACUGGUGCAUUUCAGUGGACACAUCGUGGGUGAUGAUCCUGGUAGCCAAGCUUUCAUGAAUUUCUUUGGUCCAAUCGGUGGUAUAUUAGGCUCUAACUAUAUUGUUUCGGCAAUGAAGGGUAGAGACUAUUACACAGAAACUGAAGACCUACAAUUUGACCAUAAAGUUACAAGUAUUACAUUCGACAAAACUCCUGCUGAUAUUCGUCUUCUUGAUCGGUUGGAUUAUACCAUAGAUUCAACAGAUCCACGUCGGGUAAAAGUUUUUGCAUAUCUUUCGUGGGGUGGAUCUCCAGUUGUGAGCUGGGACUUCCAUAUGGGAGUGACUGCAACACUUGAACAAACUGUCGUCACAAGAGAGGAAUACAAAGAUAAAGUUGUUAUUCCACAACAACGAAUUGAAAAAAUUAUAAAAACUGUUACCGAUACGGAACAAAGAUUAGUUACAGUAAAAGAAGCAUAUGAAGAAAAGAUACAUAAACGUACAAAAGAAGAAAUUAAAAAAUUAUUAAUUCAAGAACGUAUCAACGAAUUAUCAUAA